UCCUUCGGUCGCUUUGGCGACGGGACUCCAUUUCCCGGAGGCCUUUGCGGGCCGCCUGCGAAAGCUCACGCGCUGUUGGCUUCUCCUGCGAGGCGACGCGGCUGAGGUAAAAGAGGUGGGGGAAGGAGAGCCGGGCAGGAGACGCGGGGUUCGUCCGGGCCUGGGCCCCACCAACCAGGUAGCCGCUCCACAGCCAUGGCUAUCCUGUUUGCAGUGGUAGCCAGGGGCUCCACAAUUCUGGCGAAACAUGCAUGGUGUGGAGGGAACUUCCUGGAAGUGACAGAGCAAAUCCUAGCCAAGAUACCAUCUGAGAACAACAAGCUUACUUAUUCACAUGGAAAUUACCUGUUCCACUACAUCUGCCAGGACCGGAUUAUAUACCUGUGCAUCACUGAUGAUGACUUUGAACGUUCCAGAGCUUUCACGUUCCUGAAUGAAAUCAAGAAGCGAUUCCAAACCACCUACGGUUCUCGUGCACAAACAGCCCUACCGUAUGCUAUGAAUAGCGAGUUUUCCAGUGUCCUUGCUGCGCAGCUGAAAUACCAUUCAGAGAAUAAAGGGCCUGACCAGGUGGCAGAGACGCAGGCCCAGGUGGAUGAACUCAAAGGGAUCAUGGUCCGUAACAUAGACCUUGUGGCCCAAAGAGGAGAGAAGCUGGAGUUGCUGAUAGACAAAACUGAAAAUCUUGUGGAUUCGUCUGUCACUUUCAAAACAACCAGCAGGAACCUAGCUAGAGCGAUGUGCAUGAAGAACCUCAAGCUCACCAUUAUAAUUGCCAUAGUAUCAAUUGUCAUAAUUUACAUCAUUGUGUCAGCGGCUUGUGGGGGGCUUUCGUGGCCAAGUUGUGUACAUAAGUAGCUGUCAGAACCGGUCAACCGCACACCUGCAAGAAGAACCCUCAUAAAACAAACUCUGACUUCCUUACUCUUCAUCCUUCCAGGACACUUCAGUGUUUUUGCCUUAUCACCCCAAAAUAUAUUGGGUGGCAUCCCGAACUACAACCUCCAGGCAGCCGAGUUACUUUUAAAAAACUUACUUGAAGGUAGUUUUGUCUUUUAACUGUCGAGCUGUCCAAGAAAGGAAGGCGUUGAUAGUGGGAGGGUCUAAACAUAUUUCUGUAUUAUCAUGCUUUGCACUUUACUGUCCUGAUGCCCUGCUGGAGAGGGUGGGGAGAGCUGGCAGUACAUCCUUCAGCCCUUGCAUAUGGACUGCUGAACGCCCUUGGGUUCCUGUUUGUGUGUCCUGGCCCAGGUACACAUGACCAGCUCUUCCCAUAAUUUCUUUUCCAGCAGUGCCUUUCCUAAACUCAUGUCCUUGGUAAGAUCCUCCUGUGGUUCUUCUCUUGUAGAGCAUCUUGGUGAGCUCUGCUUUGUGACUUGGGUGACUGGCAAUUAUGUAAUGUUUUGAUGUUCUCCUAAUGUUUCUGCUCAUUGUAGUUUGUUUUGAGAGUCUUUUCCUCUUGCCUGGUCUGGAAUGGUUUUCACCCUGUAAUAGCUGUGGUGCUCUGCCAACACCGGCAGAGGGAGCAAGGGAGACCUAACCAGCUGCUCUAGCAGCACACCCUUGCAUUAAGCCGGAGCCAUGGCACAGCACAGAAGACUGGCAGUUGUCGCGAUGAUUCUGAAUAUGGUGCAAUUAUGGUUCCUAACCUGCAAGGCAUAACAUUAGACAUAAGGGUGGAUAAAACACUGGGGGAAUCUUAAGCUGGUGAUUUUGGGAGGUGGGGGGGAGUAUUUAAGGCUCACUUAAAAUGUGAAAUACACAGGAAGCUGUCCCUAAAAUAGUUAGGUUCUACGAUUCAUUGCAUGCACACCUCCAGAAUGAUUCUGAAAUACAGGUUGACACGAGACAGUGCCUUCCAAAAAAAAUUGUGCAUGCUGCAGUAACUGCAAGUGCUUUUUGGCAGCACUUGUCUGGAGACUUGCAUUUUAUUUAAAGGGGUUGUUGCCUCAGGUGACAGUGUACAAGAAGAGAAGGAAUUUUCCAUGUAACUUUCAGGGAUGCCCCUGUGAGGAUUGCAAUGUGAGCUGGCGUCUUAAGUCUAUGAUCUUUUUGUUUUGGAAGAAGAGGUUAAGGCUUUGUCUUGGACUGCGAGUGAGCAAAUUUUAUGGGAAAUGUGCUAGCCACACUGCGGCUGUCAGUACUGAUAGGAAGGCACUUGAUCUCCCCCAUGCUGCUCUUUUACUGUGUAGUUCUUUUGCCACUAAUUCCUGCAGCCCCAGCAGGUUAUUUGCAACAUAUAGACCAAGGCGGGUCCUUUUGCACACCCUCCACGACGCAGCAGAGUUUGGAACCUCCUGAGGUGCAGUGGCUGCCAAGGUCUGAUUCAGGCUGUUGCUCAAAAGGGCUCUUCUCUCAUGUUUUCUCCCCUCUGAUCAAACAUCUUCCCAGGCACAAGUCAAUGUUUAAUUGUGCAUGUUUUAGGACCUCUUAGUAAAUGUUGGGUUUUCUAUUGUUUUGAUUGCCCUUAUGUAAACAUAAAAGAAAUUGCUUCCUGUUUUAAAAAUGCACUGAUGCAUAACUGUAAAAUAAAAUUAAUCUGUUUGAAUAAA